AUGGAGGGAGUUAUAGAAAAUGUGAACGGAAUGGUUCAAAAUAUCAGAAGACGUCAGAUGAGUAUAACCGAAAGAACCGAGGAAUCAGUGAGACUUGGUGUCCAACAAAUGGAUAAUGGUGUUAAGAAGCUCAAAGAAAUUUCCAUAAUGGUUUUGGAGACGGGUCUUCGUCUUCCCGGACUUUUAUUCAUUGAAUUGCUCUGGAGAUAUCAAGGAGUUUCAUUUGAAGAUAUCCAGGAUGGAGUCAUCAAACAAAUGCCAUUGUCCUACUUUGAUAUUCCCACUAUGUUGGAUUUUGUACACCGGAGAAAUUUCGACCAUCAUGCAGCCAUCAUUUUGAGCUAUUUUGUAAUCUUCAUAAGUCUGAUGUUUUUGACACUGCCACUAAGCCGUCUGAUCCGAAUGUAUUCGCACUUUUUGUCGAUUUUCCUCUUCGGCGUAGCUUAUAAACUAUCCGCGAUUUAUGUGGAUUUGGAGUUGAAGAGCAAUGAGGAAGAGCUGAAAUUGGAUGGAUUGAUCAAGUUGGAGAGGCAUGGAUUUCAUUUUUUGGCGCAGAUGCUUCUUGUUGUCCUUCAAUCGAUGCUUCUAGAAAUUGACGGUGAGCCAUGGAAGUUUGCCUUACCUGUGUUCGCCCUACCAAUUGUCGCAAGAAUGGGAGGAUGUCCAAAAGACAAACUGAAGAAUGCUCACAACUACGCUUGCACCGGAACCAUGGUCUUCAUCGCCACUUAUAUUCUCUACCGAGGACCAUCUCUUAUAAAAUCGGCCAAAACUGCAUUAAGACAGAUUAAGGCAGUUUUUAUGGUUCAUGGGCUGGCGGAUGGUGUUUCAGUUUUAUGGAGAAGACUGAGAAUCCUAGAAUUGCUCACUUUUACGUGGAUCACAAUGUUCCUGAUGGUUCUUUAUGUUGAGCUGAUUGAUAAGGGUCGCACCUGGUCGGAAGUCGGUCGAAUCUUGUUAACCGGAGUUGCUGAAACGACAAACACACCAAUCACCCUAGCCGCUUUAGCUGUAUCAGUCUCUUAUGUCUGUAAAUGGAUUGCGGAUCUUACGAAAUUGGUAACCGGAGGAGCUAGAAGUCAUGGACACGUUCUUGCGCAUUCUGGAUACACUGAAGCUGUCUCCGUUGUUAUUUUGUGUAUCCAAACGGGAUUUCUUGGCAUGCAAGUGGAACAAAAAACCAUUCUACUAGCUCUAGUUCUCUAUAUUGUGAUCUCUGCACUUCUUCAGUCUCUCUUUGAAAUUAUUGAAUUGGUCCUUCUGAAUCUCCCCUCUUCUCCACAAGCCACAAAAUCCAGACAUGCUAGAUGUAUUGCAAUUGCAUUGCUCCUAGUGGUUCUUCCUUUCUUCACUACUAGAACCAUGCUGGCAUUCCUCCCAAUCGAUAUUUAUACAGCUAUCAUUAUAGCUAACAGCGCUACAGUAGCCGCAAGAGCUAUCGGAGUGGUUCUGAAAUAUAUUGUGCUUAUUGUGGAGACAAAAUCCGAAGAGCCGUGGGAAGGAAUCGAUGAUAUGAUCUACUACAUCGAUUGCUCCAAUAAAGGAAUCGAAUUGAUCGCAGCCAACGUAGUCUUAGGCUUCGGAUGCUAUCAGCUGGUUGCAGUUGGAUUCAGUCUUGCCACAUUUGCGAUUCUCCUGUUCCACGUCAUAGUGAACAUCUACAAACGGGCGGGACAGACAUUCCAGUACAUCAAGAGUCGAAAUGCGGCAGUCAAGAAUAUCAAUAGACUGUCGAAAGCAAAUGCAGUACAAUUGAAAGAAAGAGAAGACGUUUGCGCGAUUUGCUUUAUCGAAAUGAAAGAGGAAGCGAGAAUAACCCCAUGCAAACACUAUUUCCACGGACCAUGUCUCCGAAAAUGGCUAGCUGUGAAAAUGGUGUGCCCGUUGUGCUAUACGUACAUGAAAGAAGAAGACUUUGGUGGAAAAGGAACUGCCAAUCAAGCACCAGUUGAAGAGGAAGAAGACGAUGCAGCUGGCGGCGCGAUCGUUUUCGAUUGGGACGAAUUUUUCUUUAUCAGAGGAGAUUAUUCUAUGGUGAAUCCGGCUGAUCCGGUUCGAAUCGCGGCGAGGGACAUGUGGCCACUGGCACCAGAACCACCACAAUUCGAAAGAGCAAUGAUGGCUGCGAUCGAGCGAGAGGAGAGAGCCGGCGAGGAGGAUGAGCUCAUUCUUGCGGAAGAUGACUAA